AUGGCGUGUGACGUCUCUCUCUCUCUCUCUCUCUCUCUCUCUCUCUUCCCUCUCUUUCGCUUUCUUUCUUUCUUUCUUUCUUUUCUCUUUCUCUCAACAUCAGUUCUGUUUAACUUUAUUUCAAGUGUGAGGUCUUUCUUUUUCUCUCUCUCUCUUUCUUUCUCACUCUCUCUCUUUCUUUCUCUCUCACUUUCUUUCUCUCUCUCUCGGUGUGAAAAACUUCUCUUUCUCUCUCUCUCUCUCUCUCUUUCUCUCUCUCUUAUGCUAUCUCUUUCUCUCUCUCAUUUUCUCUCAGGGUUAUUUUCUUUCUCUCUCUCUCUCUCUCUCUCUCUCUGUUUCUCUCUUAGAUCUUCCUCUAUCUCUUUCUUUCCCUCUCUUUCUUUCCCUCUCUCUAUCAAGAUUAGUUGUUCUGUUUUACUUUAUUUGCUUAGGACGUGUGGUCUUUCUUUCGCUUUCUCUCUCUUUCUUUCUUUCUUUCUUUCUCUUUCCCCCUCAUUUUCUUUCUCUCUUUUUUUUUCUCUCUCUCUCUCUUCUUGCUCUCUCUCUUUCUUUCCCUCUCUUUCUCUCUCUCUCUCAAGAUUAGUUGUUCUGUUUUACUUUAUUUGCUUAAGACGUGUGGUUUUUCUUUCUCUUUCUCUCUCUUUCAUUCUUUCUCUUUCCUCCUCAUUUUUCUCUCUCUUUCUUUUUUUCUCUCUCUCUUCUUGCUCUCUCUCUUUCUUUCCCUCUCUUUCUCUCUCUCUCUCUCUCUCAAGAUUAGUUGUUCUGUUUUACUUUAUUUGCUUCAGACGUGUGGUCUUUCUUUCUCUCUCUCUUUCUUUCUUUCUUUCUUUCUUUCUUUCUCUUUUUCUCUCCCCCUCAUUUUCUUUCUCUCUCUUUCUUUUUCUCUCUCUCUUCUUGUUCUCUCUCGUUCUUUCCCUCUCUUUCUUUCUCUCUCUUUUUAGUUGUUCUGUUUCUUUAUUUGCUCAAGACGUGUGGUUAGUUGUCUUUUCUUUCUGUUUCUCUCUCUUUUUUCUUUCAUUCUCUUUCUCUCUACCCCUCAUUUUCUUUCUCUCUCUUUCUUUUUUUCUCUCUCUUCUUGUUCUCUCUCGUUCUUUCCCUCUCUUUCUUUCUCUCUCUCUCUCUUUCUCUUUCUCAAGAUUAGUUGUUCUGUUUUACUUUAUUUGUUUCAGACUCUUUCUUUUCUUUUUUUCUCUCUCUUUCUUUCUUUCUUUCAUUCUUUAUUUCUCUCCCCAUUUUCUUUCUCUCUCUUUCUUUUUCUCUCUCUCUUCUUGUUCUCUCUCUUUCUUUCCCUCACUUUCUCUCUCUCUCUCAAGAUUAGUUGUUCUGUUUUACUUUAUUUGCUUAAGACGUGUGGUCUUUCUUUCUCUUUUCUCUCUCUCUCUCUCUCUCUCUCUCUCUCUCUCUCUCUCAAGGUUAGUUCUUCUGUUUACCGAUAUUUGCUAUAGGUGUGAAGUCUUUCUUUUCUAUCCCGCUCUUUCUUUGUCUUUCUUUCUUUCUUUCUUUCUUUCUUUCUUUCUUUCUUUCUUUCUUUCUUUCUUUCUCCCCCCUCCUCUCUCUCUCUCUCUCUCUCUCUCUUGCUUUUUCUCUCUAUUUCUCCCUCUCCCAAGGUUAGUUCUGUUUACCGAGAUUUGCUUCAGGUAUGAAGUCUUUCUUUCUCUUUCUCUGCCUGCCUUUUUUUCCCUCUCUCUUUCUUUCUCUCUUAAUUCUGAGGCCUUUCUUUUUCUUUCUCUCUUUCUAUCUCUCUUUUUUUCUAUUUCUUUAUCUCUCUCUCUCGCUAUUUCUCUUUCUCUCUCUCUCUCUCUCUCUCACACACACACACAGUCUUUUUUUCUAACUUUCUCUCUGUCUUUCUUUCUCACUCUUUCUUUCUCUCUCCUUCUCUUUCUUGCCAUCUCACUCUCUCUUUCUCUCUCUAACUCCCCCCCCCUCUCUCUCUCUCUCUCUCUCAAUGUUAGUUGUUCUGCUGAAUUUUAUUUGCUUCAGGCAGGAGGUGUCAUAAACGAAUACAUUAGGGAUGGGAUGGGACGUUCCGGCGUAGCCCAUUUGGCGCGGCCGAUUCGGCGUGGCCGAUUCGGCGUGGACGAUUCGAUGUGGCCGAUUCGGCGUAAGUCAAAUUUGUUCACUCUAUCGAUCUCUCUCUCUCUCUCUCUCUCUCUCUGUCGAUCUCUCUCUCCAUCUCUCUCUCUCUAUCGAUCUCUCUCUCUCCCUCUAUCAAUCUCUCUCUAUCGAUCUCUCUCUAUCGAUCUUUCUCUCUCUCUCUCUUUUGGUUUCGUGUUUCGUUCCUUCUGGAGGCAGCCAUUAUUUUUUUGGUCCGAAACUUUUUAA